CCCUCGAAGCAAAAUACGGUUCCGUGGACUGGACGCUGAUUCCCAUACUUCCCUUACCGACUUCAAAUCUACACCACCGUCUCCAUCAAGACCAUCGCCAUCAACGCCCGAAAGCCUCCUCGUUCAAUCUCAGCCGUCUGUUGCCAUUUCUCGAAGAUGUGAACCCCAUUUCUCCUGCUCUCUCUGCCCUCUGCUCUGUAACCUCGCUUCUCUCUCUACACGCACUCUCUCUGUCUCUCUCUUUUUAUUUUUAUUUUUAUUUUAUUUUUGUGUUUUGGGGUUUUCGUCUUCUUGGAAGCGCCAAAACCUGUUGGAAACCCUAACCUGAUCAGAGCACCUCCAAUGGCGAUCGCGUCCCCAUCGGCUCCGGCCUUCUCGGCCUCCUUCUGCAGCGGCCGCGGCGAGUGCACCCGGCUCAUCCGCUUGCCGCCGGCGGCUGCCCAAUCCCUCAAGCUCAACAGUCGAUGCCAAGCCUUAACUCGCCGGCUGACCAUAUCGUCGCGGCUCAACUCGUCCACGCCCGGCCCCGGGGGCUCCGUGUCCCCGGACAACGGCGAUCUCCAGUACGAGCUGCAACACAUGCUCUCCGCCCGGAGGCGGAGGCGGGGGUCGCCGGUGUUCGUCACCCUCCCGGCGGACGCGGUGGGCCCCACGGCGGGGCAGGUGCGGAGGCGGAAGGCCAUGGCCCAGUCGUUCCGGGCCUUGGCGGCGGCUGGAGUGGAGGGGGUGGUGAUGGAGGUGUGGUGGGGGUUGGUGGAGAGGGAUCAGCCUGGGGUUUACAACUGGCUUGGGUAUUGGGAGAUCGUGGCAAUGGCGAGACGGUGUGGAUUAAAGGUUAGGGCGCUGAUGGCAUUUCAUCAAUGGGGUGCAGGGCCCGGUGAUCCUCAGUGGAUACCUCUUCCUCAAUGGGUGCUUGAGGAGAUUGACAAAAAUCCAGAUUUAGCAUAUUCUGAUAGAUUUGGAAGAAGAAAUGUGGAAUGCAUUUCACUAGGAUGUGAUAUUCUUCCAGUGCUGCGGGGAAGAUCGCCAAUUCAAGCAUAUACAGAUUUCAUGAGGAGCUUCAGGGAUGUUUUCAGGCCCUUGCUUGGAGAUGUCAUAACAGGAAUUCAGGUUGGGAUGGGUCCAGCCGGUGAACUAAGGUAUCCUUCGUGCCCUUCCCAGAAGCUGAUGUGGGCUUGGCGUUCGCGGGAACUUGGAGAGUUUCAAUGCUAUGAUAAGUACAUGCUUGCAUCUCUAAAUGCUUGUGCACAAGAGAUUGGGAUGCGUGAAUGGGGAAAUGGGGGCCCUAUUGGUGCUGGCAAUUUAAUGCACGAUCCUGAACUCACCGAGUUCUUCAGAAGUGAGAAUGGAUCAUGGAAUUCUCCUUAUGGCAAAUUCUUCCUCGAGUGGUACUCGAGAAUGCUGAUAUUGCAUGGGGAGAGGAUAUGCAGGGAAGCCGAGACUAUCUUUCGCGGCAUUGAAGUGAACACAUCAGCUAAAGUUGCUUCCAUUCACUGGCAUUAUGGGACACAAUCUCAUCCCUCAGAAUUAACUGCAGGCUAUUAUAAUACUUCUACAAGGGAUGGUUACCUCCCGAUUGCUCGAAUGUUUGGAAGGUAUGGGUUCACCCUCUGCUGUACGUGUUUCGAGAUGCAGGAUGAAGAAGAGAAGCAGAUGAAUCCAGUGAGCAGUCCCGAAGGGUUCCUCCGGCAGCUCCUGUUAGCUGCCAAGCUUUGUGAUGUACCCCUCGAAGGCGAAAACUCAGCAUCGAAUUUGGAUGACAGAUCCUUCCAGCAGGUACUUAAGAUGUCUAGAUCCUUUUCUGAAGGUGUAGAGAAGCCUUCCUUCGUGUUCAACUUUGUCAGGAUGGACAAGAACUUGUUCGAGUAUCAGAAUUGGGUGCGGUUCACCCGGUUCGUGCGGCAAAUGUCCGUCGCCAAUAUUUUUCGAGCCAGACUAGGGCGGGCAGAUAUUCAUGCUUCCACAACAGAUUUUUCAAGAGGUGGUUUCGCAUUCUCCUGCAGUUGAAGGAACUCCCAGCCUCGUAAGUCUUAGUACCUAUUUCUACUACCCCGCCAUCUCAUCUUGUAUAUUUCAUCAUACAUAAGUAUGACUGAUUAUUUAUUGUGAAAUAUGUAGUAAUACCCCAAUUUUUCGUAGUUUACUUAUUGAUGCUAUGUAUGGCUCAUCAAGGGGGAGAUUCAUCCAAUGUACCAGUAUACAAUAUUGCCUUCCCAUAAUUUUUAGAAAUGGUUGGCUUUCGACAUUAACAAGUUCGAUAGUGUCACUGUCUGUAUUAGUUGCA